AUCCUUAGUGGAAAGUCAGAAAGACUAUUCAGCAGUAGUUUAUAAGGUUGAACCACUGCCUCUGUCAUGGCUUCUUUCUCCUCGUCUUUCAUCGGCCAUGCUCAAUUCUACAAAAGAAUCAACUUCUUUACUUGCUUCCGUUUACCGAUACAAUCUCUUUGAAAGGGCUACUUCGUUGCCAUCAGGACCAUCACCAAUGACGGAUACUACUGUUGUAAGGACAGUCCAGAACCUUCCUUUUUCGUUAUUCCCUGUGCGAAUUCAGAAUUUUGACCCAAGCUCGACUGAUCUCCACAUUCUUGCACUGAGGGCAAGAAAUUUUGCUCCUCCACCAAAGGUACACCAUGCCUCUAUCUCAAAAAAUUUAACCAUAAAUCUGAUAGAGUUGCCUCAGCCAAUAGUGCGGUUGCCAGCACCAGACCCACCUUUAGAAGUUCUAGUACCCUUUCCGUAUCUUCAACUUCGGGUUCUGUCAGAUGGGCAACAAUGGGCUUCCCAGGGCAGAACCUGGGCUCUGAUACCAUGUGAAUAUUGUGCAUGUGGGCUCAACACAAGUAGGUUGCAUUGGUCGAUUGCGGUGGGAAGGAGGAUCGGUGAGGCGCUUGCAGAAAGACAACUUCUUUCCGCGGAGGAUGGUGGGGCCGCACAGAGAAUGGUGAAACUUCUUCAGCAGUUUUGGGUUGAACCUUGUGUGGCCCUUCCCCUUCCCCUUCCAUAGUCGGAAUGGUUGACAAUGAUGGUGGAGACUGCGGCAACAUCAUGUUAAUUGUUCCUCCAAGUCUUAAUGUAAGGUUUGGCUCCGACACAUUGUUUUCUUCUAGUUCUUCGGGACGGUAAUGAGGUGGAAUGAGGGUUAAGUUUAGGUCAAGAGGAUCCAUUGAAAUCAAGAAAAAUAGAUUAC